UACGCUAUGUCCUGAUUCACAGAACUACAAUUCUGUGGUACGUAUGCAGCUAGGUUUAGCUACAAUGACAAGAGGCCGGUUUUUUGAUUAGAUAGUUUAGUCUACUAAAAUAGAUAGUAAUUUGUGCUUUAUUUGUAGCUGUAUAUUACUUGAAAAAACGGGGCCAGGAUGGAGAUUGGGACGGAGAUAAGUAAGAAAAUACGGGCUGCAAUUAAGGGUAAACUGCAAGAACUUGGUGCAUAUGUGGACGAAGAAUUGCCGGAUUACAUCAUGGUUAUGGUGGCAAAUAAGAAGAAUGCACAGCAAAUGGCAGAUGAUCUUUCACUCUUUCUUGGCAACAACACUAUCAAAUUCACUAUUUGGUUGCAUGGCGUUCUGGAGAAACUGAGAUCAGUUGCUGUUGAGCCUGCUUCCUUAAGGCCACAGCAGCUGUACACUCAUUCCAACGCUGAGGCAGGGAAGGGUCGUGCCCUGGGUGUGGAGGACAGGAGGAGGGACGACCUACGCGGCCUGACUGUGUCUAGCUCACGAUCUGACAGGACAGAGGCCCGUGUCUCCACCAGCUCUGCCCAUGACCACCACAGUUCUUCAGGAAGCAGGGACUCUAAAGAGAGGAACGUCCCCAGACUGACGUCCGCAGUAAAGCCCCUGAUGGAACCUGCGUCUGCCGAGGCCAUCAUCGACAUCAAGCCCGAGCUGGACGACGACUUCAUCGGCGAGGACCUGAUUGAGGAGGGCCCGCCCUCAGGCGGAGCCCGUGGCAAAGCCAGGGUCUCCAUCACAUAUAGCUCCAGCCGACCCUCGGCAGCACUCUACAGGCCCCCGCAGGGUGGCCGGCAGUCCAGCGGCCCCUCGCGGGGCCCUGGCCAAGCCUCCGAGGGUCUGUACAGCUACAGGUCUUCCGAGGUCACCCAAGGGCAGAGCCGGUCCACUGGUGCCUACAGCAGGGGACAGCAUGGCUACGCUCAGGAUAGCCAGGGGUCCAGAGGCAGCAUGGACAGAGCUGCCAGAGAGGAGGAGGGGUCCCGUAAACGCAAAGCCCCAGUGGCCAGCUCUAUAGUCCGAGUCAACCGUGGCAGUGACGAGGGGCGGGACAGCGAUGAGUUUGAAGAGGAGGAGGAGGAAGAAGAGGACGAAGGCUACUCGGCAAGAAGCGGGGUUCUCUCCAGGGUCUCCCUACCGUCAAAACCGGAGCGCAGACCCUCCUUGCCCCCUGCAAAACAGGCAAACAAGAACCUGAUAUUAAAGGCCAUCUCUGAGGCGCAAGAGUCCAUCUCCAAGACGACAAGCUAUACAACAGUGCCUCAGAAGCAGACAGUCCCCGUGGCCCCUCGCACACGCUCAGCCGGCGAGGAGGAGAUCGCAGCCAUCCAGCUGGUCCAGGAGCACGUCCAUGCCAUGACCCCCGCUGGACACCCUCACGUCCACACCCCUGCAGGGCCACAGCCAACCAGGCAGACAGUUCAGAGCAGAGGCUUGGGAUCCCGGCUUCAGUUGGACCUACCAGAAGACAGAGUGAGAGGACAACAAGUUCUUAUGGUAGGGGAUGUGGGGGGACUGAACCCUAGCGACACACGCUCCUUCAUCAUGAGGAGGCUAGAGCUGGAGGAGGCGGGAUCUGUCCGCGGGCGAUUGGGCGGACUGAUCCGGGAAGAAGCUCCGCCCACAGCAGCCCGCACAGUACAGGCAGGCAGUCGGGAUGGGGUAGAGACCCUGGGCAGCGCCAGCCCUAAGUUUAUUGUGACCCUGGACGGGGUGCCCAGCCCCCUGGGGAACGUGGGUGAGGGAGACCCAGAUGUCGAGGACAGUGCCAAAACGGUCAAGUGUUCCGUCCCAGCCAGCUACCUGGAGAGAAAACCAAUGCCCAGCGUACACCAGAGACUACAGAAGGAACUCCAGUACUCUGACGAUGAGGAGGAAGGCGAUGGGGAAGAGGACAGAGGCGUCCCGGUGAAGAGGCAGAAGGUUCUGGAACGCUGCAAGUUCUGGCCUGUGUGCAAGAGUGGAGAUGAGUGCCUGUACCACCACCCCACAGCUCAGUGCAAGACCUUCCCUAAUUGCAAGUUUGGGGAAAAAUGCCUUUUUGUCCACCCGAACUGCAAGUACGAUGCCAAGUGCACAAAGGCCGACUGCCCCUUCACCCACGUCAGCAGGAGAGGCCCUGCUCCCCCACCCAAAAAGGCGCCGGCCUCUUCCAGCAGUGCGUGCCGCUUCUUCCCCGACUGCAAGAAGGUUGACUGCCCAUUUUAUCACCCAAAACCCUGUAGGUUUGCAGGCCAGUGCAAGCGGGCAGGCUGCCCCUUUUACCACCCUGCACACUCUGUGCCUCCCAGACAUGCCCUCAAAUGGACAAAAACCCAAAACAGUUAAUCUACUGGGAAUGUGGACAUUGUUUCCGGAGCUGUGAAGAAAUUGUGAACGUUGUCAUUAUUCUGUCAGUCCUUUGAUUUGUUGAUUAAGUUUUUUGAGACUUGUUGUUUUUUUAUUUCUUUUAAAUUGUGAACUUUUUUUUUUUUUUUUAAGGAUAGACAAAAAACAUAAAACUUUUAUAAAUAGCUGUACAUUCAUGAUAAUGGCACGUAUAUUAAAACAAUUUCAGACAGA